AUGGCGCCUCCGAGCAAUAGGUCCUUCGGAGCGGAGCGGACGACGCGCCAGGAGCAGAGGACUCAUGGCCGUAACGCGUUACGCGACCACGUCCGCACAUUCCUGCGCCCGACGAGGCGACGACUCUGUUUGCGCAACUGCGCCGCGUACACAGGUGGCGAGAUAAUCGUUAACCGUAACGUACUAUUGCGUACUAGU